CGCCAAGGACCGAGGCACUCCAGGGUGAAGUCUCCAGGUCUCCGUCAGCCUCCGACUGCACACCCACCUCUCAGCAUGCCUGUCACUCUCGUCGGCCAAAGCAGCAGCCACAGCUCCCGCAGCAUCUCCAGCUCCAGCGCGAUGAGCCUGAGCGGGGGGUCGCAGGUGUUCGGGGGCGGCCAGGCCCUCGUGUCCGCCCGCGGCUUCUACCAGAGACGCGCGCCCAGCGUGUACGGGGGCGCGGGCGGCUCCGGGACCCGCAUCUCCCAGUCCGUCUUCACCUUCGGCUCCGGCUCCGGCUCCGGCUCCCUGACCGACUACGGCGAGAUAUCAGUGUUCAACAACGAGAAGGGGGCCAUGCAGAACCUCAACGACCGCCUGGCCUCCUACCUGGAGAAGGUGCACUCCCUGGAGGUGGCCAACAGGAAGCUGGAGAUGCAGAUCAGAGAGUUCUGUGAGCAGAAAACUACCAUUUCCAGAGACCUCUCCAGCUACUAUGUCAACAUCACUGAUCUUCAGACCAAGAUUGCAAGGAGCCGCCUAGAGAAUCAUGCCGUCAUCCUGCAGAUUGACAACGCUCAACUCGCUGCUGAAGACUUUAAAAUGAAGUUUGAGACGGAGAUGAACAUGCGCACAAUGGUGGAGGCCGAUGUGUUCCGUCUCCGAGGGGUCCGGGACAGCCUGACUCUCAACGUCAGCGACCUGGAGAUGCAGAUCGAAGGUCUGAAAGAGGAUAUUGCAUACACCAAGACCAGCCACCAGGAGGAGUUGAAUCUGCUGAGGAUCCAGCAGUCUGGCACUGUGAACGUGGAGGUGGACAGUGUCUCGUCUGUUGAUCUGACCAGCGUCCUGGAGGAGAUCAGGGAGCAGUACGAGGCUGUGGUCGCGAAGAACAAUUUAGAGAUUGAGAGGUGGCACCAACAGCAGAUGGAAGAGCUCAAGGUGGUACUCACUUCCAAGUCGACAGAGGUGAAGACAUCUUACACCCAGCUGUCGGAGCUGAAGAGGACCUCCCAGAGUUUGGAGAUAAAUCGGCAAAGCAUCCUCACAGAGAUUCAGUGCCUGCAGCAGAAUAUGGCAGAAGUGAACAGUCGCAACAGUGCUAAGCUCAACCAGCUGCAGAUGACCAUCAACGUGCUGGAGGUGGAGCUGCAGGAGCUGAGGGCCUCCAUCGAUCAGCAGAAGUCUGAGUACUGCCUGCUGCUGGACAUCAAGAUGAGGCUGGAGCUGGAGAUCGCCGAGUACAGGAGGCUGCUGGAGGGAUCGCAGUACGAGAAAAAGACUGUGAUCAUCAGCAAGACGGUGGAAGAGCAUAAGCCCCACAUCGAGAGGCGGGUGAAGACCAUCGUGGAGGAGAUAGUCGAUGGACAGGUGGUGUCCUCCACGGUCGACACCCAAUUGGAAGAAAUUCAGUAACACCUCUGCUGCAACUAAACGUACAUUUUGAUGAUGAAUCAACCCACGAAUAGUCAUUAAUACACCCAAAUAAUACCUGCUUAAUGAUUAAACGUGCACGAGUUAACUACAGAACAGUGUAUGUGCUGCAAAAAUCUACAUUUGAAUGAAUUCAAAUUUCUUUUGAUUGUAUUCUAUAGCAAGGUUGCAGCAAGUGAUGAUCUUUUUCCCUGACAGAUGCUCAGUCUGAUUAUUAUUAUGACACAAAAAAAUGAAUAAAAUCCAAAAAGCAAA